AUGAGUCUUUCACCUUCUUCAUUUCAAACGGCAAAAGCUCGAGUAGACAUCUCAUAUAAAGUCAUUGGCGAAAAGAAAGUUAUUCGUCUCAAGAACGAAUUGCUUUCGCCUGGCCAACCUUUUGCUAACCAUACUAUUCAAGUCACCUCCGAGGUGGUACGUCAUACCGAUGGCAAAGGUGGGUAUAUGCUUUCUAUAGGUGUCAGAGCAUUCAAGCCUAUCGAAAUGAUUCAUUUUGAAGCCACUUAUUUGGCUGACCUGAAAGACCAAAGCAUGAUGGCUAACGGCUUUCAAAGUUGGAGUCAAGCACGUGAAUUUACAAAGAAUGACAAGAUUCCCGCUAUUCGCUCUUCAAUCGCUUGGUACACCCAGCUGAACCUUCAAGGUGACUAUGAUAUCUUUGAACAUAGCGGUAAAGAAGGGUUGAUUCACUCGAGCAGCUACACACAUUUCCGUGACGUUAAUAAUGUGCUUUCCUUUUUCGGAUCUGUUUCCGAGAAUCUUGGCUAUACCUAUUUCAAGGGUGACUUUAAUAACAAUAGUCUGGGUAUUUACAAGGAUGUGCUUGGAAAGUAUAUUAGCGAAAACGAGGAGGUCGUAUUUGUGCGUGUGUUCAUAGCACAAGGUUUAGACGCUGAAGCAGCCAUUUGGGAUACUUAUGCGGACUUUUAUGAAGACAAAAGAGCUAUCAAAGGAAAUAAUGCUGCCAACCGCCAUGUCAAUGGUUGGACAUCUUGGUACAACUAUUAUGGCGAUGUUAGUGAAGAAAUUAUCAAUGAAAAUGUCGAGGCUUUACAAAAACACAAGUAUCCCAUCAAUAUUUUCCAAAUCGAUGAUGGUUUCCAAACAGCCAUCGGUGAUUGGCUUUCGAUCAACGAUAAAUUUCCCAGUGGUAUGAAGGCUGUGGCUGAUAAAAUUAAAGGUGCUGGAUUUAAGGCUGGUCUUUGGUUAGCUCCUUAUGCCGUCGCAUUUACUAGUCGCAUUGUGAAAGAAAAUCCAGAGUGGCUGAUUACGGAUCCUGAAACCAAAAAGCCCGUCGUUGCUGGUCCCAACUGGGGUGGAUUCUACGCUUUGGAUAUGUAUAACCCCGGCGCCCGUGGAUACUUGAAGCACGUAUUCGAUGUAGUCUUACAAGAUUGGAACUACGAUAUGUUGAAGUUAGACUUCUGUUUCGCUGCAGCAAUGAUCCCCCGCAUGGGCAAAUCCCGUGGUGAAAUCAUGUGGGAUGCUAUGGAGUUAAUCCGUGAACUUGUAGGUCCCGAAAAAUUAGUUCUUGGAUGUGGUGUACCUUUGGCUUCUGCAUUUAGAAAAGUAGAUUACUGUCGUAUUGGCUCUGAUGUUGCCCCUUGGUGGGAAGGUAUGUGUCUUUUUUGGGAUUGUAAAGAAGUUGGCUUAACAAAUAUAUCAAUGUAG